CUCACAUGAACAUUGGUAGGAUGUGGGCUCGGCCACGGCGACCUAUGGCCUGGCCUUACCGAGCAUGAUGGCGCAAUCGAGCCCAUCACCGCAUCAUCGCUGACUUAUCAAGCUUGAUUCAGCACGGCGUUGACAAUGGCCGUCGAGAACCGUGGUAAGUUCAUGAGAGGUAAGCGUGUACGGUGUACGCAAGCACGAAUACCCUACUGUGUGGGUAAACCAAGGAGUAUAUAUAGGCCCCUUGAGAGUCCUCUUGAGACUCAGAAGCAACACCUCACUCCGGUCGACCAGCUAAGCUACAGUACCUACCUAGCCGAAUCUUCAGAGGACGAAACCACCUCAACUCAAGACAUCGAGCAUUUAACAUCCAGUCCAUUAUACAGAUUCCUGGACCUAGGGACAUAUCCUCAAGGCCAGCAGACAUGGCAGAUACAAGUCCAAUUGUCCUCAUCUUCGGCGCUGGCCCCAACAUAGGCAAACACGUCGCCCAAUCCUUCGCCGCAAAGGGCUACCAAAUCGCACUCGCAUCACGCACCGACCGCCGCGACACUGACAGCACCUCCGACAACACAAUCCACAUACCCACCGACCUGAGCAAACCAGAACUCAUCGCCGAUGUCUUCGCACAAGUCGAACAAAGACUCGGCGCAUACCCAUCCGUCGUCGUAUACAACGGCGCCCUCCGCAUUCCGGACGACAAAGACGACCCGCUCGGCAAAGGCAAAUUCUCCUUCGACACUUACAACAAAAAAUUGGCCGUAAAUCACCUCUCCGUUCUACAGGCGUUGCACCAUGCUGUUCUGGGAUUUCGUACCCUUCCCGCCAGCGCAUCCAAGACUUUCAUUUUCACAGGCAAUAUAUUGAACAGCAGCACACGCCCUGGCGUUAUGAGUUUUGGUAUCCAAAAAGCUGCGACGGCUUAUGCGAUUCGAUAUCUUGCCGAGCAGAAGCCGUAUGAGAAGGAGGGGAUCACAUUCUACUAUACCGAUGAACGCUCCCCUACAGGCGACGCGGUGUACUUGGACAUCAACGGGCCCGCGGCGGGCCCGGAGUAUGUGAGAUUGGCGGAGAGGAAGGAUCAGGGGCCGUGGCUGCACACAUACAUCAAGGGCCAGGGUUACAAGGACUUUGGUGGCGAUAUCAAACAGUAGGCGAGAGGGGGGUGUCCUGCCUUUGUACACAGACAUUGGCACGCUAGCCACAGGCAUCAAGGGAUGUCCCUGCAAUCUUGUGGGCUGUUGUGAAAGAACGCGGUUUCGAGUCAAGUGGAAACGCAAGCUUUGGUAGAAGACCUUUUCUGAUUCUGAUUGCUA